CUUCAAUCUCGUUGCCAGUGGGAAAAAAAACAAACAGAGAAGACUAUUCCGCUGACAUUCAUGGAUGUUUCACCGUGAACCAGAGCCCGGACGCCUUCAGGGGUCUCCCGCUUUCACUAUUCGGUCUGGCUCCAUGGCUUAAUGUGACUGUUGACAGAAUCUAGCCCUGACGUCUCUGUCCUCCGUCCCCUGCUGUCCUCUGCUGCUUAAGGUAGCAGCGAGACGUAACCUAACCCACCCUGUUGCUUGCCUGGGACCCCCCCUCCCCUCCUCGACCAUCCCCCACCCUCUCCAGAGGCAGGAUGGAGCCCCAGGCUUCCCAGGGGUUGCUAGUAGCAGAGGGGGGCUGUGGGAUGACGAGUCUGCUGGUGCCCAGUCCCCAGAGCGAGGCUGUGACCCAUGAGAUGGAGGAGCUGACGCUGCAGCCCACACAGAACCUACCUCCACUCAAUGAACGCAAAAACGUCCUGCAGUUGAGGCUUCAGCAGAGGCGAACCCGGGAGCAGCUGGUGGACCAGGGCAUCAUGCCUCCUCUGAAGAGCCCGGCAGCUUUCCAUGGGCAGAUUCGCAGCUUGGAGAGAGCCAGGACUGAGAAUUUCCUAAAGCACAAGAUCCGCAGUCGUCCAGAGAGAGCAGAGCUGGUCAGGAUGCACAUCCUGCAAGAAACUGGAGCAGAGCCCUCACUACAGGCCACACAGAUGAGACUGAAGAGGGCCCGACUUGCCGACAACCUGAAUGAGAAGAUCGCCCAGAGACCCGGCCCCAUGGAGCUGGUGGAGAAGAACAUCCUGCCAGUGGAUUCAACCCUUAAAGAGGCCAUCAUCGGCCAGGUAACCUAUCCCAAGGUGUUGGAUGAGGACAGCAAUGAAGCUCUCUCACCUGAGCAGCCGGCCAGUCAGGAGUCUCAGUGUUCUAUCCCCUCUCCCGUGGAGAUCAAAGCACCAGGGACGCCCUCUCCAGCCCCAGCACCAGCACCAACACCAGCACCAGCACCAGCACCAGCACUACCACCCAGCACCAUGCUGCAGGCCUUCCCACUUACCACACAAGCCACUACAGACUUUGCUAAAUUGAUCUCUCCAAAUGAGUUCCCUGUGACCCGUCCGGCCAUCUCUCCCGCUCAGCCAGUCACUAUAGCUCCUCCCUCAAAACCAGGUCCAACACUGGUGAAACAAAGCCAGCAGAAGUCAUCCUCUGAGAAGAGUCGCAGUAAGAAAGGCAAAGAGCCCAAACCCAGAGUGAAAAAGCUCAAGUACCACCAGUACGUUCCCCCAGACCAGAAACAGGAGGCCAGCGAAGCACCCAUGGACUCCUCCUAUGCCCGACUACUGCAGCAACAGCAGCUGUUCCUCCAGCUGCAGAUCCUCAGCCAGCAGCAGCAGCACUACAACUAUCAGACUAUAUUACCAGCACCACUCAAACCUGUGGCAGAGGGUCAGAACAGCAGCGCCGGCAGUCUGCCAACCUCCAUCAUGGUGUCUUUGCCCAAUGUCCCCCCACCGCCCCCGCUGCCCUCGGCUCCAACUCGGCCAAACAACUCCCUGUCAAACCGCAAGCCAGGAGUUUUGCCUGCGAACCUGGAGGACAUGAAGGUGGCUGAGCUAAAACUGGAGCUAAAGCUGCGUGGCCUCCCUGUGUCAGGAACAAAGACCGACCUGAUAGAGAGACUGAAGCCCUUCCAGGACACUCCCAGCACCUCUGCUCCUACCACUUUUCCCCCACCUACCACCACCCUGUCCUCCAUCCCCAUGGAAAUCACCACCGCUACCGGCCCUACCAUAGUCUUCCCAGCCCACCAGAGGGCUCCAGAGAGUGUGAGCUCCACCCCUCCGGUCUCACCCAUUUCCACUGAUCCCUUCACCCUCCAGCAGGAUGUGGGCAUGUCUGAAGCUCCAUCUGAACCACAGGUGGUGAGCUCUGGCUCAGCAGGGUCUUUUCCAGUACCGGAAAAGGACAAGAGGCUCCAUGAGAAGGAGCGACAGAUUGAGGAGUUGAUGAAGAAGCUCGAGCAGGAGCAGAAGUUGGUGGAGGAGCUGAAGAUGCAGCUGCAGGUGGAGAAGAGAGGCCAGGGCACUGAUUCUUUAUCUGUAACCUCCAAACUCAUGUCUGUACCCGCCAUGAACCCAGUCCCAACUGUCUUGAACUCAAACGUAGUCAAAAUGGAGGGAACAGUCAUGUCAAACUGUUCCUCCACUGCAGCUACCAUCUCAAACUCUCUUCUGGGCUCUCAGGCCCUCAAAGCCCCCCUGCCAACGGUGGUGAAGUUAGAGGAUGUGACCGUUUCGUCUGGUAAGCCGCUCCAGCUCCAGACCCAAACCCAACUCAUCACCAAGAUCCAGUCCCAGGCUCGGCCACAAUUAGCCAAGAGCCCGCAGCUUCUCUCCCAGUCCCAGAGAAGUCCCAAACUCCAGUCCCAGGCCCAACCCAACGCUCCCAGCCUGCAGCAGUUCUUCAUCAGCCAUCACGGCGGAGUGUCCCAAGUGCUAGGACAACCUCAGACUCUACUGACCACAACUGGCCAGGCUGGAACUCAGAUCCUCCUCCCAGUUUCACUACCCAACAACGCCACUGCGAUUCAACUGCCAAGCACCACUGUCAGCCUGCAGCCUGUUCUCCAGGCCACGGUCUCAAAUCCAGGCCUGGUCCAGGCUUCUGUUCCUCAGCUGCAGAGUACUAAGAUGGAGACGACACUCAGCCAGCCGAUAGCCAACCACAACCCGAUGCUACAGACGUUGACAAUGUGCAAUAAAACUACUGGUUUGGAAAACCAGGCAAGACCUGAGUUGAAUCCCCAGUGUUUCCUGAAAGGUUCCCCAGAGAACAGGGUCUCUCCCCGGGCAUCACCCAACCACCACAUCUCCAACGGACCCCUCAAUAAGUCUCCUUCUCCGUCCCAGCCCACCUUCAUCCUCCAGCAGACCUCCCUCAUUACUCAGCCUCACAAGACAAAAGAGCCUCCCCGCUAUGAGGAGGCCAUCAAACAGAGCCGCAACAUGCACAUCAACAACAUCUCACAGGUUCCCACGGCAACCAGCCAGCAAAUGGAUGAUUUGUUUGACAUUCUCAUAGAGAGUGGAGAAAUCACUCCAUUUAUCCAGCAGGACUCUCCAAUGUCUCUCAAUAAAGCCCUCCCAGUCACAGCUAAUAUCACCACCCUGCCGGUCAGCACUGCCCUCUCCAGAAACCCUCCACAGAUCCAGAUUGCCCCUCCGCCUACACUGAGCCCCCUCGUGGACCCCAGCCUGCCCAGCCUCUCCUCCCUGGCCACAGACAACCAGCUGGAGGCCUUUCUGGAGGGGACGCUGGCCAACACACCAUCCGCAUCAGACCCGCGCACCAGGGGCCUGAUGGAGGAGCUGCAGGCUCAGCUGAUGGACCAGCAGCCCUACUCCCCCAUGGACACAUCAGACCUGUCCUUCUGCGACUCCUCCUCACCCCCCUCCUCACUCAACAUGGGCCUGUCCGACCAGGGUCUGGACAACAUGGAGUGGCUGGACCUCACCAUGCCCCCGGGUUCUGGCGGAGCUCUCACACCACUCGGGAUGCCAACAGACUUCCUGGAUACACACGACCUUCAGCUGCACUGGGACUGACGGAUAGAAAGAGGAGAAAAAAGAAAAAAAGGAUGGAGGAGAGUUGGCAGAGCUGCUGAGCUAGAAUUUAAAGAUGGAUGGAUGAAGAGAAGAAGAAAAAAGGGGGGAAAAAAGGCAUUUCUGUGCCGUAUAACUCUGAACCACACAUCCAUACCAUCUGUAAUAUUCCCACUAUACCACAGUAAGAGACACUGUACAGACAGUGCACUGAUACAAGGUGAACUACAAGCAGGAGUUUGCACAGCUUUAAAAGAAGAACAUCAUGACUAAGGUGACCAAAAUCACCUGUAGUAUUUGUGACAAAGGGAUUUUAACCAGAUUAGACAGUUUGAGUGUCUGAUGUCAUGAUUUUUAAAGAUUUUGAGAUGAGGAGACAGAGCCAAAUCACAGACUGUUUGUACAUACUGUUUAAACCCCACUAAUAUAAAACUCAUCUUUCUCUGAGAUACUGAAUAGUACUGACGGCUGACAUCGCCUCAUUAUUUCUAUCAGAAGUUUGACUGUGUAGCCGUCAGUGAAUACUGUGUAAGCACAGUAACUACAUAUGUAAAAGGUUCCUGAAUACUUCAGGAUCUAUUGAGGCACACUGAAAGCUGAUCAUCACAAAACAAUAACUGUAAAUGUAAAGUUCAGACUACAGACUAAACCUACAUCUAACGUCUGAAUUAAAAAAAAAAAAAAAAAUUAAAAAGGAGAUUAGUGUCAUUUGAGGCUUCAGAUGAGCUUUAAAAUAUUCCUGGGACAUAUCUGUGCAGCCUCAGCUGUUGACCACUUAACACGGAGAAGCUUAAAGCGCUUUGAGACGUCGCUUCAGGCUGUCUGUCUGAGGCGACGGACACUCCAAAUCCAUCAGUUCCCUUAACCAGCCGAAGCCAAACACGCUCAGCCACUCAUUGAGUUUUAAAGGGAUUUUCUUUCUGAGAGGAAGUCAAGCUUCUGGUCCAAGUCUACCACACACUGGUCCAAGUCUACCACAAACUGUAGACGGCAUGUUCGCUGACUUAAUCUGAUGCGCUCUAUCAGGUGCGACUGUUUUUAAUUCUGACCUAUCACGACCCCCACGCGGUCUUAGCUGACGAACCAAUGACUCUAAAAGAACAAAGACUGGACUCGAGUCGGGCGACGAGCCGAGAGGAAGCUCGUCCGACCGCUCACGAAAGAGAAAGAGAGAGAGCUAUGCACUAGAGAGGUGGAGAGAUCUGACAAAUGUGCCACAGUCACCUCAAAAAACAAGGAAAUGUGAACUCUGCAUAUCCGAGGAAUCUAUCAAUACGAUGGUGGCCAAUUGCUCCCGAAAUACUGCAGUUGUUGUCGAAGUCUCUUUUUAUUCUGAAUGUAUUUUGCAAAGAUCAAAAAAUAGAAAAUAGGACUUUACUUACAAAUGUUGGCAGCUUUUUUUUUUUUCUCUUCUGAUCGUAAACUGACGAACAACAGUGGAAAGGGAACAAAUAGCAGUUUAUGAGAAAUGUGUGUGCUGCAAGUUAUAUGGAGGAAUAAAGAUGUCUGUGGAGAAGGUGAGCUUUAUAUCUAACUGUCCGACAGUAUCCCUGCACUUUGUGUGUGUGUGUGUGUGUGUGUGUGUGUGUGUGUGUGUGUGUGUGUGUGUGUGUGUGUGUGUGUGUGUGUGUGUGUGUGUGUGUGUGUGUGUGUGUGUGUGUGUGUGUGUGUGUGUGUGUGUGUGUGUGUGUGUGUGUGUGUGUGUGUGUGUUAGGGUGGGAAAUGACUGCAGCUCUAACUAAUGAAUGAACGCUAUAGUUAUAUUAGCUGAGAAAUUAAGUCUACUCAUCUAGCCAUUAUAUCAAAUGAGGAAUCGGAAUAUUCUAAAGUAAUACCUGGCAGGUGAAGUAGUCUAACUGUAUCAGAGUUAGUCCCCUGACUGUGUGUGUGUAUAUGUGUGUUAGAGUGAACGAGAGCAAGCAAGCAUGUCUGUUUUUCUCUCUGUGUGCGUGUGUGUACGUGUGGACUUGUCUUCCUGUCUUUUGCAUGUAAGUGUGCGUCUCCGUGUGCAUGAUUGUACCCCGCGUUAAAUCUCGAGCUGUUUUUUGAGGUCUUUCUCUCAUCCGUCAAUCUCAAGAUGUCUGAAGAAAUUAGCUAAUAUCUAAAGAAAAGAAAUCAUUUGCUAUUCCAAAAGUUGCUCUUCAAAAAGGCUUUGAUGACUGUUUUUAUCCGUGUUGUUCAGUUGGUGUCCUACAGUCAAAAAAAACAACAACAAAAAACGCACAUUCACACUUUUUGAGGUGUGGUUCACAGUGAAGAGGGCUCAGCUCCUUUUUUAAAGCUGUCAUCAAUUUGUGGAUGUUUUUUGUUUUUUUACUACUCUGCAACAUCUUCCACUUGCUGUUUCUUCUUGAGUCUAAAUAUGGAGUUACUGAGUUUGUAUCUCAGUAGAAAUAUUCUGUUAAGAUCCUUUAUAGGACUGAUACAGUUUUACUGUAUGGCACUUUGACCAGAAUAGCUUCUUUAAUUCUCUCUUUAAAAAAAAAAAAAAAAUUCAGUUAUGUUCAGUGAAACCUAUUAACCACUUGUUCUGUUAGGACGUCCAUGGGCACUAGAGGGCGUUGCCUCUCUUCUGUUGUGGCACAUUGUUAACGGCAACUGUUGGUACUUCAGGGUCAUUUCUAACAAACUUUGCAAAAACAAACGAGUUAAAUGAGGCUGUUAUUUUGCAUUUUAAAGAAAUUUAUUUUCUGCUUGUAUAAAUGCUGAUUUGCUGUUCACGUCAGCAAUAAUGUGGUGAGCUGAGCAAAACAAGUGAGAGCCCUUUAUGUCAGUGCUGUCUGUCAAAGAAGUGUGACGCUCUUACUGCUGCAGUUCCACAUUGAUCAUUGGAUGUAUUUGCCCAAAACAUACAAUACAUUUGACCACCUGAAAGUUUUGCGCCGAUUACUGCACAGACAUUUAUUUCCCACAUUACUGCAUCGAGGAGAACAAACUAAUUCAUGUUAAACCACGUGUUUAAGAUUUCCUCUCAUUGGUGCACCUUUUGGUUCUCAUAUUCAUCAGGGUGCUUGGACCCGGACAUGCCUGCAUGCAGGUCUGUUUCUAUUCCUUUCCUAAAUCCUGUGUAGAAGGAACAGUCACUAGUUGUAUGUGUAUCAUUUUGAAGAUUUGAUGAGUUAAUAGUGUUUUUUGUUGUUUGUUUGUUUUCAGUCUGUCAGCUUUAAAGCUGUCAAAUUUGAUAUUUUGUUGCCAAAAAAGGCAGUGGAACAUAUUAUCACUAUUUUGUCAUUUUUCUUACUUUUUUUGUAUUUAUCACUUGUUUUGAGGUUGAAAAGUGAAGAUAAAAACAUUUAAUCAUGUUGUCAUGUAAAAAUGUGUAAAAGAAAGGUUUCAUGUGUAUAUCUUUGGUUUGCAAUUUGUUUGUUUUUUCACUUUAUUUUUCAUAUCAGAUGUACACAAACCUCUUAGUUGCAGUAAAUCUACGCAUGUAUGUGGUUUACUCUCACUUGACACCACUUACCAUUGGUCAGACAGGGACAGCUUAUAGCAAUAAUGGCUGCUAUCCCUUGAUAUACUGUACUGUAUGUCAUAUCCUGCCUUGAUUUUUAUUAAGAGCCUUUACUACAGAGUAAUACAAGUUCAAAAGCACUUCAUAUCUGAGGGGUUUUCUUUAACUAACCCUCAUGUGUUAGAGGUUUGUGGAAGCACCGUCAAUCUGAAGAACCUUUUAAAGGUUUCAUUUAAUGUUUUUGUCAGCUGACAGAUGUUGGCUCCGGCUUCCUUACAUUGACUUCAGUCCUCCCGCUCCUGCUUAUGCUCAUGUAAACAUUGUACAUUUUUCGGUGGAGAAGCUUAAUUUCAAAACAGAGGACAUUAGUGUAAGCACAGGUGAAGCACCAAGCUUCUCCACCGCCAUCCGUUGAUACACAUCCUUCAUUGUAGCCGAGCCUCCUCUCUGUCUCCACCACCCGCGCCAUGCCUCUCGUCCUUUGUAUGCCAUAUGUUUUGCACAUUGUGUACAUAUUUAUAUAGAUGUAAUGCAUAUUUUUAUACAUGUUCAACAUCCAUGGGCUCUCUAUUUUGUAAAUACUCAAAAAGAUGUAUAUAAGUACUGUAUGCCUUUAUGUGUCAAUAAAAUUUGGUGUACUGUGAAUGCUCUGGAGGUGCUGAUUCAUCAUAUAUGCAUCAAAUAACUGGUGAGUGUAUAAACAGAAGAAUUAAACAAGCCUCUACAUUUGAAUAGUGUUGUGGUUGAUGCUGUAUGAACAGAGUUCUUUGUUAGGCUAGCUGGGUUAUAUACCUGUGUUUGCAUAUGUUAAGUAAUGCAUUUCCAUUUAACUUGGAGAUACUGGAUAUAUUUUCCUAAUAGCAAGAGAAAUUAUCACAAAGGACAUGGCACUGAGUUCUUUGUUAAAGGAGUAGUGUGGAGGAUUUAGUGUCAUCUAGCAGUGACCCAACAUAACCCAACGCUUUCACCCCUCCCUUUUGUAUUUCAGUGGCCAUAAAACUUGCCAAAAUUGAGAAAGGUACUCCAGAGCCAGUUUUUUGUUUGUCCAUUCUGGGCUACUGUA